AUGGGGGACUCGAACAGUAGUGAGACCAGUAGCUGCCCGCCUGUGAAUAUUGACCGUGAGCCAGCUUCAGAGGAAAAUAUCAUGUCUCGUGUUCCAGUAGGUGACCGGUCGUUGUCCGUGCCAGCGUCUGAACAGAUCACUUCGGACGGGAAGAGUGUAGUCGCAGACUACAGUGACGGUGAUAACUCGGUGGCAGUGUUUUCCAGCACAGACGAGCAGUUUUGA